AUGUCCACACGCCAGUCGGAUCUGAGCGAGGCAGCCGCCGCCGCGGCGGAGGAUUUCUUCGGCCAGCUCUACGCCUUCUUCGAGAUGAUUGUUACGCGCUUCUUCAAAAACGGCUACGCCUCGAUCGCGCAGAUGAGCGGCAAGCGCUGGACAAAAGUCAUCGGCAGCGUGAUCUUCUACGUAAUCCUGCGGCCGUACAUCGAGAAGUUGUUUAAGUGGAUGCACGACCGCGACCGUCGCAAGGAGAAGGAGAAGCGCGAGAAGGAGAAGGCGCAGUUUGGGAAAGUCAAGGUUUCGCCGAACUCGCUGCGUGCUGGUGGCGACGGUGGAAAGGGGAAGGUCCUUGGUGAAGUCGAUCACACGGAUGAUGAGCUGGAGGAUGAGGAGGAUCUUAUGGCGGCUGCUAGUGGUGUUCCCGAGUGGAAUGAUAUGGCCCGCAAACGUCAGAAGAAUUAUAUCAAGCGUGUGAAGAAGGAUCAGCGUGCGGAGGAUUUGAGUCGGGAUCAGAUUAUGGAGUUGUUGGAUUGGAGUGAGGAGGAGGAGGUUGAUGUUAAGGUUAAGAAGGAUCUAUAA